UGUCUUCAAAUCAUGGCAUAGUACCACCUUGGAUUAAACUAGAAAGAAGAAAACAAUGGUGACGUUACUAAACUACUUUCAUCAUAAAAGAUGCAGCUUAUCAGAUGGCCUUCAGAACCAAGUCAAACAUUUGAUUUACACAAUCCCAAUAUGACAAUAUUUAUCUGAUCUCACAACCAAAAAACAAAAUAUUUUCUGAUCAAGAAUAAUUAGUGUACGGUCAAGAACAUGAUGUGAUAAAUAAAUAUCAACAGGCGAGUCAUAAGAUCACUCAGGGGCAGAGCAUGGACCCAUCUUAACUCGUGCAGGAUUUAUAGAGAACCCUCACCCCCCCAAGACUCAGUCAAAUGCCUCAUCUCUACUCAUUCACUUCCUCGGGCACUCUUCAAGGAAAAUCCCAACAGACUCCUUUCUUCUCCCUAUCUCUCACGCGCAUCUUUUAGCAAUCAACAAUGUCCACUAGCAAGAAAAAGUUCCUUCUCAACACAGUCUCACUGAACUUGGGCUGUAGCAGCUGCAAGAAACCAAAACUUUCCAAUAUAAGCCAGCCAAAACCAAAACCAAAACCAAAACUCCAAACCCCGACUUACCAAAAACACCAAAAAGAUCUCUACUGCUCCUCUACUUCAACAUCUUCAUCAAAAAUAACAACAAACCAAUCUCCAAAUGGCCAUGAAAAUCAUGACACCCCGAACACAUUUUCUCCAGCAAUGGACACACCACCGCAUUUCUUCUCCGACACAGGCAACAACAUGAAGUGUUCAACAGCUGUACGAGGAUUCGGUCGUGUUGGAGGUGAAAGUGUUGCUGUUGAGAAAGAUUCUAAUGACCCUUAUUUGGAUUUUAGACACUCAAUGUUGCAGAUGAUAUUGGAGAAGGAGAUUUACUCGAAAGAUGAUCUUAGACAGCUUCUUGAUUGUUUCUUGCAACUCAAUUCGCCUUACUAUCACGGGGUUAUUAUUAGAGCUUUCACUGAGAUCUGGAAUGGAGUCUUCUCUAUGAGGACCGACACCUCUAGUACAGGUUCCGAGAAGCAACUACAUUAUUACUAUGGUUGCUAGUCAUGUGAUUUAUGAAAUGGUUCUUGCUGUUCUGCACGUGAAAGUUCCGUCCGAGCACAAAAUAUUCCUGUGUAGAAUGAAUGGUUGCUUAAUAAAGUGGAAGUCUUUUUUCUUUUUCUUGGUGACUUGAAAUUUUAUAAGUUAGUUCAUGCAUAGCUUGGUUUUUUGUUUAUGUAAUGGCAAAAAAUGUCUGAGCGACAUUUCUAACUUUUGUACAUUUGUUGGUUUAUGUAAUGGCAAAAGUACAAAUAUUAGAGUUGUA